AUGCUCGCGUUUUGUUCCUUACCCUUUCCUUCACUUCAUACUCCACUCCCAAACCCUAGAAUUCUAAAUUUCAAAAACUCCAACUUUCAUUCCCAAAUCCCAUCAUCAAUGUCUUCUUGGUCAUGCCACAAAUGCACCUUCCUCAAUCCUCCUUCACAAAUCUCCGAAUGUCAAAUGUGUUCAUCCUCACCUCCACCUCCAUCUCUCUCCCCCUCUCCUUCCUCUUCUUCCAUUUCCCCAAAAUGGUCCUGCAAAUCGUGCACUCUCUUCAACUCUUACAAAAACUCCACUUGCCACCUCUGCGGUACUCGAAGCCACGCUCUUUCCGUUUCCACUUUUCACGAUUUGACUGAAAUCGAACACGAUGAUUCCGUUGGCUCUGUUUUCUUGCCUCUUCGAUCUUGCAAAAGGAAAGCCCUAGACUCCUCUGAAGAUUCUCCUCAACCAUUGGUUUCAAAGCGUUCCAGCAACCCCAUUGAUCUCACCGAGAAAGAUGAUUCUGGAAAAGGUUUUAGUUCGUUGAAGAUUUUAAGUUACAAUGUUUGGUUCCGCGAAGACUUGGAGUUGCACAAGAGGAUGAACGCUAUUGGUGACCUUGUUCAAUUGCAUUCCCCUGAUUUUAUCUGUUUUCAGGAGGUUACUCCUGAUAUAUAUGACAUUUUCAAGCGAUCCUCCUGGUGGAAUGUUUAUCAUUGUUCAGUUUCUUCUGAGAAGGCUCAUUCAAGACCCUACUUUUGUAUGCUGUUAAGCAAACUACCUGUGAAAUCAUUCUCCACCAAAUCAUUUAGUAACUCUAUAAUGGGAAGAGAACUUUGCAUUGCUGAAGUGGAGGAUGUGAGCGGCAAGUCGUUGGUUUUAGCCACCAGCCAUCUAGAGAGUCCCAGUCCAGCCCCUCCAAAAUGGGAUCAAAUGUUCACCAAGGAACGAGUGGAGCAAGCUAAUGAGGCUCUGAACAUUCUCAAGAGGUACCCUAAUGUUGUUUUUGGGGGUGACAUGAACUGGGAUGAAAAAAAAGAUGGUCAAUAUCCGUUACAAGACGGGUGGGUUGAUGCUUGGUCUGAGCUAAGACCAAAGGAAACUGGUUGGACGUAUGAUACCAAGUCAAACCAGAUGUUGUCAGGCAAUCGGACUCUCCAAAAACGAUUAGAUCGUUUUGUUUGCCAUUUGUGUGAUCUUGAGAUAAGUAGUAUUGACAUGAUUGGGAUGGAUGAAAUACCUGGUGUGUCACACAUCAAAGAGAAGAAAGUAAGAAAUGAGAUCAAACAACUGGUACUCCCUGUUUUACCCAGUGAUCAUUAUGGUCUCCUUUUGACAAUUUCUAGCAAGUAA